AUAGCAACUUGAUUAAGCCCUUCAUGAUUGUGUGUGCUGAUGGCUAUAUCAUAGAAGUGACUGGACCCUACGGCGCCAGAACUUCAGACUCCGACAUAGUAAAACUAAUAUUAGAUAACCAUGAUGGUCCCAUGGAAGAAGCUCCAAUGCGAUGGUUUUUACACCCAAAUGAUGUAUUUGUUUUGGAUCGGGGUUUCCGAGACUGUUUGCCGGAUCUAGAGGGAUGUGGAUGUAACGCUUACAUGCCACCGUCUGUAGGACGUAAUGAAAGACAAUUAAGUACAAUAGCGGCAAAUAAAUCCAGAUUGAUAACCAUGGUUAGAUGGGUCGUAGAAACCAUUAAUGGCACGAUAAAAAGAGAUUUUAAAAUAUUUAGACACAAAUAUUUUAAUAUAGCGCUAGGCAACGCAAUGACAGAUUAUAGAAUAGCUGCAGCGCUUACCAAUGCAACUCAUCUAACAUAUGAAGACAGCAGAUUUACUGAAGAGUUUAUAGAGAUGAUUGAAAGAAAUAGGGACAGGCCGAACCUAUUAGCCGAUUACGUCGAUGAACAUCAUUGGGAUCGACAAAGAAUUGCGUUUGCCCUAAUGGAUGCAACAAACCCCAAUCUAUCGGAUUUUCCAAGAAUGGAUUAUGACCAAUUAAUUGUGUUCGCAAUAGGCACAUACCACGUAAAACUUGCAAGGUCUUACUGUUGCGAACAUAUUAGAGGAACUGGGGUUUUUUCAAUUGAAGUUUUUAGACACCCCGAAAGGAUAAAUAUUAAUAACGAAGAAAGUACGUUAAUUAGGUGUCGAAUCCAUUCCAGGCACGUCGGGACAAGAACAUAUUACUGUUAUGUUUUAUAUAACACUAAUAGGAUUUCGGAAUACUGUUGCAGCUGUAUUCAUGGUCGCCGCACAUUGGGCAGUUGUGCCCACAUAAUAAGCAUUAUAUAUUAUCUGGCCUGGGCCAGGUACCAAGACGACCUUAUGCAACCUGCUGUGUUCUUAGAUCAUAUAUUAAUAGACAUUGAAAAUAAUUGAAAUAAAUAUUUUUCCCACAGUAUUUGU